AGAUCAACCUUGUGUCGUCAAAAAUAAAAUCAAGAUGGCUGCGCUUAUGUCCUUAUUAUUAAGACCCAGGGUUGGUAUGCUCGUGUCAUGCCACGCACCAGUAGCUCUUUCCGUGAGACCUGCCUCUAAGAAGAGUGGUGGCAGCAGUAAAAACGUUGGAGGAAAAAGUCCGGGACGCAGAUUUGGGUUUAAGAAACAAGACGGAAACUUUGUUCAUGCUGGAAAUAUCCUUGCUACACAGCGGGCAACGCGCUGGCAUCCAGGAGCUCAUGUGGGCAUAGGAACAAACAAUACUCUGUAUGCGCUGGAGGAUGGAAUCGUUAGGUUUACCAAGGAGGUGUACAUUCCCCACCCUCGCAGUGCUGAAGCCAGAAACAUCAUUCCUAACCUUCCGAAAGGAGUUGUACUCUAUAAGUCCUUCAUCAACGUCGUUCCCACAAAACAGGAGAACCGCUUCAAACUAGUUGAUAUGGUUUGAAGGGAGGAAAGACUUGUGCUGACUAGCUCCUUUGAGCUGUUUUACUCUGGUGACUUGAAGGAAUAUUUUGACAGUCUAAAUGGAAAGAUGUAUGAAAAUGUCACAUGGAACUGGUCGUACUCCACACUUUGCCAACAGUGAAACGGCUCCUUUUUUUGUCCCCUCUCAUGCGGUCAUGUGAAUAAAUGUGCUAUUGAAACUUCUAAAUAAAAAGCAGCUUGGCUUAGGUUCUCAAGGGCAUUUCACAGGGAAAACAAUAGCAGAUUUUAGUCUGCUUUAUUGGUUCCUUAUUCAGUUCUUAUUAGUAGUGAUUGAAAGCAGAAAAACCUCAAAUCCCUGGUACAGAUGAGCACAAACUGGAAUUACAUGCAUACAUUUUGGGCUAAACAGAUCAUUUAGAGCAAGUAAAUAUGUAACAUUCACAUUUGAGAAGUUUUACUGAAAUAUUUCAGUUUUUACAUAAAAUACAUUGUGUAAAUAUGCCGCUAAAGUCACCUAAAGUGUACGCCAAUUUGGGGUGCACUUCCUGGUAGUCAUAACAUAACCAUCAUACAUCAGAGGGCGUUCUUUUCACUGUUUUAACAGAGAUCAUUACAUUGUGAAACUCGAGUAAACAUUCUGAGACUCGCUGAAAAGCAAGGGGUACUUCACGUCUGUGUGACAGCAACAAUGUAAAUGCACCAUACUGCAAGGAGCCAAGUUAACAGCCUUUAUGAGCCAUUUGAAGUGUUUCUCCAGAGGGCAAACACUGAGCUUCAAUUAAAGUCAUCUUAAAUGAG